AGGGAGGGGGCGGCGCGCAGGUCCCGCCUCCCCUGGCCACGUGCACGCACACGCCCACCGCGGCUAGGCUGGAGGAGCGCGGGCGAGUGUGAGCGCGGGCGAGUGUGAGCGCGAGUGUGCGCACGCCGCGGGAGCCACUCUGCCCUCUCCUCGCACCCUGCACAGGGCAUCUCGAGAGCCUGGAAACGUGAACAGGCUUAAAGUAUGGCAUGUUGCGAAGAUGGUUUCUGUCCAGAAGGUACCCGCGAUUGCGCUGUGCUCCGGGGUCAGCCUCGCCCUCCUGCGUGUCCUGUGCCUGGCGACUUGUUUAAACGAAUUCCCAGGACAGAACUCAAAGGACGAGAAAUUGUGCCCGGAAAAUUUUACCCGCAUCCUGGACAGUUUGCUGGAUGGUUAUGACAACAGGCUGCGUCCUGGAUUUGGGGGUCCUGUUACAGAAGUGAAAACUGACAUAUAUGUCACCAGCUUUGGACCCGUUUCUGAUGUUGAAAUGGAAUACACAAUGGAUGUGUUCUUCAGACAGACAUGGAUUGACAAAAGACUAAAAUAUGAUGGCCCCAUUGAAAUUUUGAGGUUGAACAAUAUGAUGGUCACCAAAGUUUGGACCCCUGAUACUUUCUUCAGGAAUGGAAAGAAAUCUGUAUCACAUAAUAUGACAGCUCCAAAUAAACUUUUUAGAAUUAUGAGAAAUGGCACUAUUUUAUACACAAUGAGACUCACCAUAAGUGCGGAGUGUCCCAUGAGACUGGUGGAUUUUCCUAUGGAUGGUCAUGCCUGCCCUUUGAAAUUUGGGAGUUAUGCGUAUCCCAAGAGUGAGAUGAUAUAUACUUGGACUAAAGGCCCCGAAAAGUCAGUGGAGGUGCCAAAGGAGUCUUCUAGCUUAGUGCAAUACGACCUAAUUGGGCAGACUGUAUCAAGUGAGACAAUCAAAUCUAUUACAGGUGAAUAUAUUGUGAUGACGGUUUACUUCCACCUCAGACGGAAGAUGGGCUAUUUUAUGAUUCAGACGUAUAUCCCAUGCAUUAUGACAGUGAUCCUUUCUCAAGUUUCCUUCUGGAUAAAUAAAGAAUCUGUUCCAGCUAGAACUGUAUUUGGAAUAACCACGGUCCUCACCAUGACGACCCUAAGCAUCAGUGCUCGGCAUUCCUUGCCCAAAGUGUCCUAUGCCACUGCCAUGGAUUGGUUCAUAGCUGUCUGCUUUGCUUUUGUAUUUUCUGCUCUUAUUGAGUUUGCUGCUGUCAACUAUUUCACCAACAUCCAAAUGCAAAAAGCCAAGAAAAAGACUUCAAAGCCUCCUCCAGACAUCCCGGCUGCUCCUGUGCAGAGAGAGAAACAUGCUGAAGCAUCUGUCCAGACAGGAGCCUAACUUGACUGUUCUCUGGGAGGCUUCAGUCAGCAACGGAUCCAGACAGAUGAUGAGACUUGCAGCCAAGCAUGGGGAAGAAUUCUGGGGGUCCUGUGGAACUGUUGGGAGAAAAAUGGAAGGACAUGGAGGGGACAGGAGCCUCAUAAGAAGACCAACAGAGACAACUAACCCAGUCAUGCAUGAUCUGGACCUAGGGCCCCUGCACACAUUCCUUUUUUUAUUUUAUAAAUAUUUUUUAUUCACUUUACAUUCUUUGCUACCCUCCCUUCUUCCCUUUACCCCCUUCUUCAAAAAAGGGGAGCUCCCUUUCCCACCUACCACAGCUCAUCAAGUUGCAUUGAGACUGAGCAUGUCCUCUUCCCCUGUGGCCUGGCAAGGCAGUCCUGCCAGGGGGAAGUGAUAAAAAAAGAUGUUAAGUGAGUAUUAAGUGAUGCAGUCCCCACUUCCCUUACUAGAAGACUCACACGAAGCCUUAGCUGCCCAUCUGCUAUAUCUUUGUAGGAGGCCUAGGUUGAGUUCAUGAUAGUCCCUGGUUGAUGCUUCAGUCUCAGAAAGCCCCUCUGGGCCCUAGUUAGUUGGCGCUGUUGGUCUUCUUGUGGAGUUUCUGUCACCUCCAGUUCUUUUUCUCUUUCCUCCCACUUUUCCAGAAGACUCCCUAUGCAUUGUCUGAUGUUUGGCUGUGAGUCUUAGCAUCUGUUUUGAAGUGCUGCUGGGUAAAGCCUCUCAGAGAACAACUCUGUCAGGUUACUGUGUGAAACUUAGCAGAGUAUUUUUCAUAGUGUCAGGGAUUGGCAUUCUCCAGUAGGAUGGGUCUUUGGUUGGCCAGGCAUCGGUUGGGCAUUCCCUCAAACUCUGUUCUAUCUUUAUCCCUGUACAUUUGGUAGGCAGGGUAUAUUUGGGGUUAUAUUUGGGUGGGUUGGUGUUCCCCUCUCCUUAACAGGAGAAGAGUCUAAUUAGGUGGUGUCCUUUUCAGUCUCUAUGGCCUCUCCUACUGGAGUCUCGACUUGAGUACCCCUCAUAUUCUCCCUGGAGCCUACCUGACUUAGGACUCCAGCUUGUUACACAGAUACCUCCACACUCACUUUUCUCAAAAGGCCUUCUGUCCUCUUGCUCUUGCUCUCCCCACAUCUGACCUUCACAGUUAACUCUUUGUGCCCCCUUUCCUACCUUGUUAACAAUGUUCAGCCAUUACCUCUGUCUAUUCUAUCUUCCCUUGCUAGUGAGACUUAUACAUCCUCAUUUGCAUCAUCCACAUUACUUAUCUUCUUGGGGUCUGUGCCUCAUAGUAUGUUUAUCCUGUACCAGAUGGCUAAAAUCCACUUAUAAGUGAGUACAUACCAUGUGCAUCUUUCUGAGUCUGGGUUACCUCACUCAGGAUGAUCUUUUCUAGUUCUUUCCAUUAGCCUGCAAAUUUCAUGAUUUCUUUGUUUUUAGUAGCGAGUAGCAUUCCAUUGUGUACAUGUGCCACAGUUUCAUUGCCCAAUCUUUGGGUGAGGAACAUCUAGGUUGUUUCCAGAUUCUGGCUAUUGUGAAUAAAGCUGCUAUGAGCACAGUUGAGCAAGUAUCCUCGUUGUAUGGUGAAUUGCCUGUGUAUACAUACGUCAGGAGAAGGCUAGCUGGGUCUUCAGGAAAAGCUAUUCCCAAUUUUCUGUGAAAGUACCAGAUUGAUUUUCAAAGUGAUUGUGCAAGUUUACACUCCCACCAGCAAAGGAAGAAUGUUCUCCUUUCUUCAUACCCUUGCCAGCAUGUGUUAUAGCUUGAGUUUGUUUUCCUAUUUUUCCUUUGAUUUUUUUUUUUAUUUACUACAAUUUAUUCACCUUGUAUCCUGGCUGUGGCUCACUCCAUAAGCUCCUCCCAACACACCUUCUCUCCCUCUUCUCUUCCUAUGUCCCUCCCCUAGACCACUGAUAGGGAAGGUCCUCCUUCUCUUCCAUCUGACCCUAGGCUAUCAGGUCUCAUCAGGACUGGCUGCAUUGUCUUCCUCUGUGUCUGGGUAAGGCUGCACCCACCAGGGAGAGGUGAUCAAAGAGCCAGCCACUGAGUUCAUGUCAGAGACAGCCCCUGUUCCCCUUAUUAGGGAACACUUGGAGACUGAGCUGCUAUGGGCUACAUCUGUGAAGGGGUUCUAGGUUAUCUCCAUGAGUAGUCCUUGGUUGGAACAUCAGUCUCAGAAAGCUAUUCUUACCUGUUUGAGUUGGAACCUCAGAGUGGUUUUGACGUGCAUUUCUCUGAUUACUAAGGAUGUUGAACAUUUCUUUAAGUGAUUCCCUACCAUUUGAAAUUCCUCUGUUGAGAAUUAUCUGUUUAGUUCUGUGUGCCAUUUUUUUUUAAUAAUUGGGUCAUUUUGUUUAUUGGUGUUGGAUUUCUUGAGUUCAUUGUAUAUUUUGAAUAUUAGUCCUUUAUCAGAUGUAGGUGAAGAUCUUUACCCAGUCUAUAGACUGUCGUUUCAUUCUAUUUGUAGUGUCCUUUGCCUUACAGAAGAUUUUCAGUUUCAAGAGGUCCCAUUUAUUAAUUGUUGAUCUUACAACCUGAACUGUUAGUGUUCUGUUCAGGAAGUUGUCUCCUGUGCUGAUGAGUUUGAGACUCUUCCCCACUUUCUCUUCUAAUAGACUUAGUGUAUCUGGUGUUAUUUUGAGGUCUUUGAUGCACUUACAUUUGAAUUUUGUGCAGGUAGUUAAACAUGUAUCUACUUGCGUUAUUCUACAUGUAGACAUUCAGUUAGACCAGCAACAUCUGUUGAAGAUGCUGCCUUUUUCUGUUGUAUGGUUUUCACUCCUUUGUCAGGAAUCAAGUGACCAUAAGUAUGUGGUUUUAUUUCUGCAUAUUUUAUUCAAGUCCAUUGAUAAACCCAGUCUAUUCAUAUGCCAGUACUAUGCAGUUUUUAUUACUAUUGCUCUGUUGUAUAACUUGAAGUCUGGGAUGUUGAUAUCUCCAGAAGUUCACAAAAAAAAAAAAAAAUCACAUGACCAUCUCAUUAGAUGCAGAAAAAGCCUUUGACAAAAUCCAACACCGUUUCAUGAUUAAAGUCGUGGAGAGGUCAGGAAUAUUAGGCUCUUACCUAAAUAUAAUAAAGGUUAUAUACAGGAAGCUGAUUGCCAACAUCAAAUUAAAUACAAAGAAUCUCAAAGCAAUUCUGCUAAAAUCAGGGACACUACAAGGUUGCCCACUCUCUCCAUACCUUGUCAGUAUAGUACUUGAAGUUCUACCUAGAGCAAGAAGACAACUAAAGGAGAUCAAGGGGAUACAAAUUGAGAAGGAAUAAAUCUAAGUAUCACUAUUUGCAUAUGAUAUGAUUGUGUACAUAAGCAACCCCCAAAAUUCCACUAGAGAACUUCUACAACUGAUAAAAACCUUCAACAAGGUGGCUGGACACAAGAUUGAUUUAAAAAAAUCAGUAAUCCAUUGUGCACAAACAACCAACAGGCUGAGAAAGAAAUUGGGAAAACUAUACUCUUCACAAUAGCCACAAUUAAUAUAAAAUAUCUUCGUGUAACUCUAACCAAGCUAGUGAAAGAUCUGUAUGACAAGAACUUCAAGUCUUGAAGAAAGACAUAAAAGAAGAUACCAGAAUAUGGAAUGAUGUCCAAUCUCGUGGAUUGGUAGGAUUAUAUAAUUAAAAAUAGCCAUAUUACCAAAGGCAGUCUACAGAUUCAAUGCAAUCCCCAUCAAAAUACCAACACAUUUCUUUACAGACCUUGGAAAACAAUUCUAAAUUUCAUAUGGAAUAACAAACAAAAACCAGACUAGCUAAAACAAUCCUAUAUAAUAAAAGAACAUCUAUUACUGUUUACUGUUUUGUACUGUUUACUGUUUUGAGGGAUACGUACUUUACAUAAAAUGUGUUUGAGCUCCUCAUCCGUAAAAGACCUUUGAGCUUAAUGAGUUUAAUGAUACUUGGUUCAAAGGUUUUAUAUAUAUAUAUAUAUAUAUAUAUAUAUAUAUGUGUGUGUGUGUGUGUGUGUGUGUGUGUGUGUGUUUUGUAUCCCAGCUAUAGCCCCACCCUGGUACCUUCUCAAUUCUGGCCCCCUUCCUCCCUCAUCUCCUCCCAUGCCCCUUCCACAGUCCACUGAUAGUGGAGGACCUCUUCCCCUUCAAUUUGACCCUAGCCUAUCAGAUCUCAUCAGGACUGUCUUUCAUAGUCUUCCUCUAUGGCCUGGUCAGGCUGCUUCCCACUCAGGGGGAGGUGAUCAAAGACCUAGCCACUGAGUUCAUUUCAGAGACAGCCCCUGCUCCCCUUAUUAGGGUGCCCAUUUGAAGACUGAGCUGCCACAGGUACCUCUGUGUAGGGGGUGUAGGUUAUCUCUAUGAAUGGUCCUUGGUUGGAGUAUCAGUCUCGGAAAACACCACUAGGCCCAGAUAUUUUGUUCCUGUUGGUCUCCUUGUGGAGCUCCAGACCUUUCCAGGUCUUUCUAUCUCUCCCUUCUUUCAUAAGAUUCCCUGCACUCUGCCCAAAGUUUAACUAUGAGUUUCAGCAUCUGCCCUCUGUGGUAGGCUCCUGUCUUGUUCCUUAUUUUUACCUUCUUCCAAUGUCUAUCUUAUUUGCCAUUUUGAGAGAAGAUUGAGCAUCUUACCCACGAUCCUCCUUCUUUCUUAUCUUCUUUAGGUGUACAGAUUUUAGUAUGAUUAUCCUAUAUUAUAUGUCUAGUAUUCACUUAUAAGUGAAUAUACACCAUGUGUGUCUUUUUGCUUCUGGGACAGCUCACUCUUGAUAAUCUUUUCUAGUUCCACCAUUUGCCUGCAAAUUUCAUGAUUUCCUUGUUUUUAAUUGCUGAGUAGUAUUAAGUUGCGUAAAUGUACCACAAUUUCUGUAUCCAUUCCUCAAUUGAAGGACAUCUGGAAUGUUGUCAGAUUCUGGCUAUUACGAAUAAAGCUGCUAUGAGCAUGGUUGAACAAAUAUCCUUGUUGUAUACUUGAGAAAAUUUUGGAUAUAUACCUAGGAGUGGUGUAGCUGGAUCUUGAAGUAGCACUGUUCCUAAUUGUCUGAGAAAGCAGCAGAUUGAUUUCCAAAGUGGUUAUAGAAGUUUACAUUCCCACCAGCAGUGGAGGAGGGAUCCCCUUUCUCCACAACCUCUCCAGCAUGUGUUGUUAUUUGUGUUUUUGAUCUUAGCCAUUCGUUUUGAUUUGCAUCUCCCUGAUGACUAAGGACGUUGAGCAUUUCUUUAAGUGUUUCUCUGCCAUUCAAUAUUCCUCUAUUGAGAAAUCUCUGUUUAGCUCCAAACCCCAUUUUUUAAUUGGAUUACUUGAUUUGUUGCUGUUUAAGGUCUUUUAGGAUUCACUAGGAGUUUGACUCACUUGGACUGUUAGUGGCCAGGCAGAGGCUUAUGGUGACUAUUUUUGUUCUCUGAAAAUCGAAAAGAUUAUAGGUUAUUGGAAUAUUCAUAUAAAAGGAGAGAAAGCCAAUUUCUGGAAUGUAAUAGUAGCUGUCAGUGGCUCAAGUACACCUAUGGAUAUUUUAAAGGGCACAAAACAUCUCUUUUGUUUCUGCUCCCCAUUACCUUAAUUCUGCCCUUGGCUCUAUCCUAAAGUGUGAAUUGGAUACCAACUUCAUGAUUUUGUUCUCCCACAUCCUUACUGCUCUUUCUUAACAUAUCCACUUUCUCAUGGAUGUGAACAAUUUGAAUGAAUAGAAUGAUCUGAAAGAUAAGUGACUAUAGAAUUGCAACCAGGAAAGCUUUCUUAACAGUGUUAAAUAUACAUUUAAAAAGUCAUGGAUGGGAGACAUGGCAUAGAGGUUAAAAGCAUAUAUUUCUCUCAUUGAGCAUCUCUAGUCAAUUCCUAGCAUCCACAUCAGGCAGUUUACAAUUGCUUGAAACUCCACAUCCAGGAGAUCUAUCCCUUCAUCUGGCCUCUAUAUAUGACAUGCUAUAUCUUAUGAAAAAUAGCCAAAAGCAAUGGCUAAUAUUAACUGAGCUUGUAAGUCAGGUUUACAUGAUGUAAUUUAUAUAUGCUACAUAGGUACAAGCUCACAAGGGAUAUUUUACAAAAAGAAGUAACGUGUUUCCAGGACCUACAUUAUGUUGUCAUGAUAAUUCAGAUCUAGUAUGGUAAAUGCAAUAUUUAAAUUGCUUCAGAUGUGCUUUAGUGAAGGUCUUGCUUUAUAAUGUAUAUGUGUAGCAUUUAUUAAAUAAAAUACAGAUAUUAGAAUGUAGUUAUGUACAUAUAUAUGUAGGUAUACAUUUUUUAUACAAGAACAUACAUGUAUAAAACAUGUACACAUAAGAAGAUACAUAGAUAUUGAUAAGCCCAUGUUAUUCUUUUGUUCAAAUUUUAAAAUGUUUAUCAUUCUUUGACACUUUUACCAUGUAUGUAAUGUAUUUUGAUAAUUUUCUAAGUCCUGUUACCAUCUUCCAACAGCAUCAACUCACAAAGAACCUGUUUUUCUUUCUAACAAGUUCCUCUCAAUUUCAUGACCUGAAUUUGUGUGCUUUGCAAGAACAGUCUGUGCUCUAAAAGUAUGGGCCAUCUCUUUCUCUCUGUCCUUGUGACUGACCAUAAUAAUUGUACAUAUUUAUGCACCACACCAUGACUUUCCAUGUUUAUACUGUGCCUCAAAUCUGAGACACUUUUGUCAAUAGUUGGAGUUAGCUAAUGGACAGAAAUAGAGUACUGAAAAAGACACUUAGAAAAGAAGCCAAAGAAAUAACAUCCAUACACAGCUAUUCAGGGCGAGGAAAGGAAUAGUCAGGUAACUUUUGAUCACUUUAGUCAUUUCACU